GAUUAAUACUAGGAGGGAGGGUAUGAUUAUGAAACGGAAAAGGAGAAAAAAACUAGUAAAUUUGUUAAUAUUCCAUGUUCCUCUGCAAUAAUAUGUGCGAUGUGGAGUGCAAACGAAUGGAACGGAUUCCAUUUGUUGCUACUUUUGGGGGGGCUUUUAAUAAUUUGGCUAUGCUUUUGACCUAAUAAGAAGACUCCUCUUCUUCUUCCUCUCGUUGCCGACGUUGCCAUUGCCAGGAGCAGAAGGAGGCCCCCCAGGAGAACGGGGUGACGGCGCUGCUGCUGCCCCAGGCCAGUCUACCUGCAAGAUGAACAUCGACAUGGCCAAUUCCGACGACAAGGCUCUCAUCUCCGAGGAUACAGCGCACCAGAUUAGCGCUGGAGUGAGGGUUCCCGAACACACCUCUAGCCAUUUUUCAGCUUAAUAAAAUGGUCCCUAGUGCCAAAAUAGACGCUAUCCACGGCUAGAUUGAAAACAAAAGGCUUCUUCUGUCAGCUCAUUCAUGUUCAUCAUCCUGCAGAGACCCCGUUCAUGUUCAUAGAUGAAAGUCAUGUCACUUCGGCCUGAACCAAAGGAGAGAAAGAGAAAGAGAGAGCAAACGACCUUAUGGUCUUUCAAGUCAAUCUGCAUAUCAAUCCUUGGUAUCAAGUUGGAUUCGUUCUGACAACUGGGGUGAAUAGUGCAUAUGUUCUGGGAUACUCUGGAUCAGUCAUGGUCCCUUUAGGUUGGAUUGGUGGGACAUGUGGCUUGAUCCUAGCUGCUGCAAUAUCUCUGUAUGCCAAUGCUCUCCUUGCUCGCCUUCACGAAAUCGGAGGCAAACGACAUAUUAGAUACAGAGAUCUUGCUGGGCACAUAUAUGGUAGAAAAAUGUAUUCGCUUACAUGGGCUCUGCAAUAUGUUAAUCUAUUCAUGAUCAACACUGGCUUUAUAAUAUUAGCUGGCCAAGCCUUGAAGGCAACAUAUGUAUUGUUCAGGGAUGAUGGAGUUCUAAAGCUACCCUACUGUAUAGCAUUAUCUGGGUUUGUCUGUGCUCUUUUUGCCUUCGGAAUUCCUUAUCUCUCUGCUCUCAGGAUUUGGUUGGGAUUCUCAACAUUUUUCAGUCUCAUCUAUAUUACUAUAGCAUUUGUGCUAUCGCUUAGAGAUGGGAUAACCACACCUGCAAAGGAUUAUACUAUUCCUGGAUCCCAUUCAGCUAGAAUCUUCACUACGAUAGGUGCUGUGGCAAAUCUCGUGUUCGCUUACAACACUGGAAUGCUGCCAGAAAUUCAAGCAACCAUAAGGCCUCCUGUGGUGAAGAACAUGGAGAAGGCUCUAUGGUUUCAGUUCACUGUCGGUUCGUUACCUCUUUAUGCCGUGACCUUUAUGGGCUAUUGGGCUUAUGGAUCCUCAACAUCAAGUUAUCUACUGAAUAGCGUCAAGGGGCCAGUUUGGGUAAAAGCUAUGGCAAAUCUAUCAGCGUUUCUUCAGACCGUCAUAGCAUUACAUAUAUUCGCGAGCCCAAUGUACGAGUUCUUGGACACGAAAUACGGCAGCGGACACGGUGGCCCUUUUGCGAUCCACAAUGUGAUGUUCAGAGUGGGUGUAAGAGGAGGCUACCUGACUGUCAACACCUUGGUAGCUGCGAUGCUCCCAUUCCUUGGCGACUUCAUGAGCCUGACCGGAGCUCUCAGCACCUUCCCCUUGACAUUCGUUCUUGCAAAUCACAUGUACCUGAUGGUGAAGAGGCACAAGUUGUCCACCUUGCAGAUAUCCUGGCACUGGCUCAAUGUUGCUGGCUUCAGCUUAUUGUCCAUCGCAGCUGCAGUUGCUGCGCUCAGGCUAAUCAUGGUCGAUUCCAGGACUUACCAUUUGUUUGCUGAUCUGUGACUGUGAUUGAGACCCAAAUUUUCAGUGCAAACAUGCACCUUGAAUGAUCAGCUGUAAUUUCUUCUUUUUCUUAGGGGUGAACUACCGCGAGAUGUUUGCCUCAAAACGUACUGUAGUGAUGUUUUUUAGAACAGUAGUGAUAUAUUGUAUCAUUGUACAACUCUGCAGGUUGAAUGAAUUUUGUGGCCAUCGUGCAUACCUCUUACUACUUUA